AUGCUCGGCAAACGCAAACGCUCACUGUCCGAGCCCGCUCUCGUUGUCGCUCCCCUUACCGAGGCCAAUCUUGCCGCACUAGACGCGGCGUCGUCGAGCCCCAGAACGAGUCCCAGAACGCUGUCGCGGUCCAGCGCCUCGUCCGGUGCAAUGAGCUCGAACAGAAGCAACAUCUCCACCUCGCAGCUCACUACCAUCCUCCAAACACACCGGAUAUACCGCAACCGACACCGGCCGAUGCCUACGGGCCUACGGAAGCUCGUCGUCUCCGUCCAGAGCCCGCGCGAGGGCCCUACUACGCCAAAGUCGGCCAGAAUCGCCAAGCACGUUCCAGUCCUGCAGAACAUGUCGGAAAGCGACCUUGUUGCGCAUCUUGAGGAGCACUUGCUGUACUCGCCCGCGACUGCGCUCGGCGGCGGCGAGGAACACGUCUAUCGUUCGCACGACCAGCUGUGGAACGAGGAAUCCGUCCCCAGGCCUGACACGACCGGCAACACGGUCCUGCGCGAAGCUCUCGGCAGGGUCGGCAAAGUCCCACGGCCAAAGCCGGAUUCAUGCUACGGCUACUGGGAAAGGAGCUUUACGAGCGGGGAGCUCGACAAACAGCGCGCGCUCUCCUCCAGAUGCAGAGUCUCCGACCGCGAUCCGUCAUGGCCCUACCAAAUCCUCGAAUGGAAAGCCGAGGAAGGCUCACCUCGUAGGGGCGAGCUCCAGGCCAUGCGAGAUGGCGCCGCCGCUGUCCAUACGGUGCGGCAUCUCUUCUGCGAGACGGGCACAGCCCAACCAGCAGAGCACGAAACAGCCGUCUUCUCGCUUGUCGUCACAUCCAAGGCCGCCGAGUUCUACGUGAACUGGCGGCGCGACGACAGCGACGAAGGACUAUCUUGGGAGAUGGACUCCAUCGGCAUGGGGCUGCUGGAACGGCCCGAGGACGUAUUUCAGCUGAGGUCCAUCUCUAUGAAUAUCCUCCGCUGGGCUCAAGGACUUCGUCUUGCCCGAAUCAAGGCUGCGCUUUCGUCAACAUUAGCACCUCCGAUCGCACCAGCACCUGACCCUCCGCUUGCACAGCCGAGGAGAUUGCUACAGAGUGUCACGAUUACUAGCACCCACUCCGUAGCUAAGAAUAUGGAAGGGUACGUCUAUUUCCUUGUAGUCGUACCGAUUAGAGCUUCGUUCGACUCGCAUGCUCACACGAUCGCAGUCUUGUCACGCCGUCUGUUAGCACCGACCCCGAGAGCGACGAACAUGCUCCAAAGCGGAGACGGCGAGAUCGAGAUUAGGGAUGAAGGACAGGCGGAUCAAGCCUGCGCUUGCGCCGUCGCUUACAUUCACGCCUGCGCCUACACCUGCGCCCACGCCCACGCCCACGCCAGGCCCCUCUGCGUCAAUAGGCCCGGCAAAGACCUCGACCUCGAUAACGCGGCUGCGACAUACAAGCGUGCGGUUGCUAUUGGUGAGGACUGGCUUAGGAAGCGUACGGCGCAGUUCUGCAUACUGUACUAG